CUUCAGUUUCUCAGCUGCACUCAUUUUUAGAGUGAGGAUUUUGGAAGCUGGGGAUUUGCUUUUGAAAGCUUCAAAUCCAACACAUGGAAGUUUCUGAUACAAAGACAUGCAAAGGAUAUGCUAAGCCUCCAUGGUUGUUCAAAGGAAGUGCCCUGUACCAGCUUCAUCUUGUGAAAGCACAAACUGCCCGCACUUUCAUCCCUAAGGAGUUUAGAUUGGUUGAAGCUUUUGGAUAUACUCUAGGUGGAUUCUUCCUUGCUCACUAUGAUGACAGCCCUGCUGGAAUAUUUGAUGAGCUUGUUGUGAUUGCUGGAAUUGUUUGGAACCCCCCGACUUCUUGCGCAUGGGCUGCGAGGGUACUUGUGAGCAGCCACGAGGCAUGCAAUCAUGGACGAAAGGAGGUAGGCCUCCCGAGUCAAGUUGCUGGAUUCUCAAAGAGCACUAUGGGACACUCGGAGAAGCCACGAAAUAAAGGCAGUGAUUUCCUUAACCGGAUUGGUAUUGAUACAGCUUUCAGCAGUCCAAAGGAUCAUAUGGAUAUCCAUGUAACUGAAAUUGAGGGGUCGGCUACAACUGAUUUCUGUAAUAUUAACCUUGCAACUUUGCCAGAUUCAAACUCAAUUGACAAGUGGAUGGGACCUGCCAUCAAAAUGUCGCUCCCGAGCUUUAGUGGGCACACAGAAUAUAACCCUCAGAUUCUCAAGUAUUCGUGCCAGAUUGACUGCAGGGUUCGAGCAGUAGAGCCAGCGAAAGUUUCAAAAGCAACUCAAUUUGCAUUGCAGGCUGUUGAAAAAGCAUCUAGUCUGCAGAGUUCCAGUACAUCUGUGGAAUCUAACAUCUACUCAAAAGAACAAAGCAGCGCACGUGACCGAAGCAUUUCUGUGUUAUUGUCAAAACCAUUAUUGGCUUUAGAAUUUAAUUUUCUGAAAAUGCAGGUUGAAGCUCCCACUGUAGUUGGUAACAACUCAACCAAUGCUGGAGAUUCUUAAAUUACCCUCCAUGUCUAGUCAUGAAUUUCUCACCUAGCUAGCAAAUUCCCCAACGGUAAAUUAGGUUCCUAAACGAUGUAUUCUUACUCAGGGCCGUUGUUGAGGAAGCAAAAAACUUGGUAGUUUGAACCGCGGAUCAAUUUUUUGUUUAUUGAAAGAGCCUAAGCUUAGAAUUUCAGUGUUGUUUUUGUAUCUGUAGAUGGUUAUGAUAUAUUUCAGCAUUUU